AUCAACGUUUUUCUGUUGCGGUUGGCUCAGUUUAAAAAUAUCCCGCGGAACAAAAAGAAGGAAUAAUUUUCGUUGUUUUAUGUGUGAUUCCUUUUUUGCGAGUUUUUGAACGAUAAAUUCGUGAAAAUCGUGCCAAUAUUUUCGUUUUUUCGUGAUUAUUCGUGUCGGUGCGAAAAAAAAUACGGAAGGGGGUCGAUGGUAGUGUUUGGAAAUUCAAAAAGCGUCCCGGUGAUAGGGGCAGAGCAAAAGUAAAAGUGCAUCGUCGGUUGAUUGCCGAUGUUGAAAAAAAUGUGCGUCGCCGGUUGAGAAGAGAAAAUCAAACGGUUCAUUGUUAUCAGUGUGGAAAACAAAAAAGACGUGCGCGAGUUUUCUUUUGUGGUGUGUAAAAACAGGUGAUCGUGCGCUUGUGGGAAGAAUUUUCUCUGCGUGGGAAAUACGGUGCAUCAAACGAUGGCCGAUAACAUCACGGUAUCGAUCAAGGUCCGACCGUUGAUCAAACGGGAAAAGGACAGUAAACAAACGUCGCAAUGGCGGAUUCGGGAAAAUACCAUCGUGGCCGUCGAGGGCAACGGGGAACCGUUCGUGUUCGAUCACAUCUUCGACGAAACCGUUCCGACGCGGGAACUUUUCGAGAAAGUGUGUCGCCCGAUCAUAUCGUCCACGUUGAACGGAUUCAACGGGACGAUUUUCGCCUACGGUCAGACAUCGUCCGGUAAGACCUACACGAUGAUGGGUGAAGACUCGGAACCGGGAGUGGUUCCCCUGGCGGCGGGCGAGAUCUUUAAGGAGAUUGAAAACAUCAAGGGGCGUCAGUUUUUGAUCCGGGUGGGGUUUAUCGAGAUCUACAACGAGAAGAUCUACGAUCUGUUGGACAAAAGCAAUACGACUCUGAAGAUCUUUGAAAAUCAAAAUGGGGAUGUCUCGUUGAAUUACAAGGAGUUCAUUACGAACUGUUCGGAACAGAUCAUGCAGUAUUUGGAGGAAGGGAAUAAGCUGAGGCGGAUUGGGGACACCAAUAUGAAUGAGCGAUCUAGUCGGUCGCACACGAUCUUCCGGAUAACGAUCGAGUCGCGUUUGAUCGAUCGGAAAGAAGGAGAUGUGAAUGAUGCGGUGCAAACUAGUACAUUGAACCUGGUCGAUCUGGCUGGAAGCGAAAGAGCAAACCAGACCGGAGCAAGUGGGUCCCGUUUGAUAGAGGGAGCUCACAUCAACAAGAGUUUGCUUUCGCUGAGCUGUGUCAUUCAAAAGCUGAGCGAGAAUGCUGAUAAUCUCAAGUACAUCAAUUACCGGGACUCCAAAUUGACCCGGAUAUUACAGGCGUCUUUGGGCGGAAAUGCCGUAACUACCAUGAUCUGUAACAUCACCCCGGCCGUGUUCGAAGAGAGUUACUAUACUCUAAGUUUUGCUAUGCGCGCCAAAACCAUCAAAAACAAGCCCAAGGUGAAUGAGGUCCUCUCGGAAACGGUCAUGAUGAAGCGACUGGAGCGGGAAAUCGAACGUCUCCAGGAACAACUCAAAUCCGAACAAAGCAACAUCAAAACACUCCAGCUGCAGAACGAAAUCAUGAUGCGCGCAAAUCAGAUCGUCAAUUCCCAAACCCACAUCAAGUUCGACAAGUCUCGCCGCCGAACCUGGUGCCCUUCCAGCAUUCCAAAGCCUCUUACUGCUUACCCGGAACCUUCGACCGAUACCCGUCUAAUGCCUCCGCCGCCGUCAUUCCUGUCCCGACCUAGUUCGUACUCGGGCGAUCAGUCCACUUCCUCUACGGAAACAAACGAGCGGUCACCAACGCUCCGGCCGGAACUGAGCAACGACAGUAACGCGGAAUGGCUGGCGCGCAAGGUACGCUCCACAACGCCCCGCAACGGGCGCUUCUUGUCGGUGGGUGCCCUCAGCAACAGUGACGAAUUCAUUCCCGGCGAGUUGGCCAACUUUGACGAAGAGCCAUCGCCCGAGAGCUUGGCACGGGAAAUUCACACACCCACUACGCUGAAGGCCAAACGGCGCUCGCGGCGGUCGUCCACUGGCGAUACGCCGAUCAACUUCAUCGAUUACGAGAAAAGAUGCAGGGAGCUGGAAGAGGAGCUGCUAGAGCUGCAGGAGUUCACCAAUCUGGAGAAGAAUCUGGACUUGGCUGCCAUCAAGCGGAAGCUGCAAACCGGAGCGGACAAUCGUGCCGAACAGCGCUACAAAGAGGAACGGGACAGUUUGGAGGAAAGAUGUAAAGACCUCUCGGUAGAUCUACAUCAAAAGCAGGAGCAAAUAUUCGACAUGGAAAAAGAACUGAUUAUUGCCCGCAAAGAGCGCGAAGCAGCGGUGAAAGAAGCGGAACACUCCCGGAACGUGCAGAACAGCGUCCAGAUGGAGUACGAACUGUUUCAGCAACGUGCCAAAUCGCGCGAAAACGAACUCAUCGAAUCGCUCCAGGAAGCCCGAGGUAGUACCACUCCGAAAGCAGAUGUCCAAAAGUUAUUGGAAACCACGCGGCAGGAAUUGAAGCAACUGGAAGUGCACAACUAUGAACUACAGCGGCAGCUCGAGCGGCAGACAGAAGAGUUGGAGAAGCUCAAGAAAACAGAGCACGAUCACAGCGAGAAGCUGAGCAAAAUGAAGGAUGCUCUGGACAAGGAUGUCAAUAGGAAAGAUGCGAAAAAGCUUUUCCGGCUGGUCAAUAAACUGAGAGCGAUUCUGGCGGACGAAGAUUUACUACUUAUCAACACCAGUAUUGACACGGAUGAGUUUGCUGACAGCUUAGGGGACUCUAGCUUCAACAGUGAUAGUCUGGAUCGAAUGUCGCCGUCGAAAAUAGUGCUAACAAACGACACAGGAAAUACGAAUGUCAUCUUUAAGAACGGAAACAGUCAGCUGUUGGACAUGACCAUUGAAAAUGGCGAGCUCAAGAAACAAGUUAAAUUGUUGGAAGAUGAAAGCAAAAACAUGGAUGCCUUACUGAAAAAGUAUGAGAAUGAAAUCGAAAAAUUGAACAAGAGCGAAAGUCAUAUGAAGGAAUUGGUGAAGCAACUGGAAGAGGAAAGAUCAAAGUCAAAGAGUUUGAACGAUUUGUUGCACAGCAAAAAGGAUGAACUGGAUAAACUAACAGUGGAGUACGAUGAAUUGUCCACGCAAGUGAUAGACAAUAUUCAAGACAUUGAUAAUUACAAAGAGCAGAUUGAACACCUGGAGAAGAAGUUGCGGGACACUUCCAGCACAAUAGACAAGCUCAACAUGGAGUUAGAAGCGUGCAAAAACACAGGAACCGAAGCUCAGUUGCUACAGGAGAAGAACAAAGCAACUGAGCAGCAGUUAAGUGAAGCUCACAUGCGCAUCGUCAAUCUUCAAGAAGAAAACGAAACACUCUCGUCGUUCAAAGCUAAAUUUGAAGAGUCUAAUCAGCAAAUCGCGCGACUUGAGCUUGUAUCCGAACAGCUUGAACAACUAAAAGCUGAGUAUCAAGAAUUGAAAGCUAGAAACGAAGCCCUAGAAGAUGCCAAGAAGGAAUUAGAAAGCAAGCUGCAUUCCAUGGAAGAGGCCCAAGAGAAACAAGGACAGCUACAAACUUACUUCGAAGAACAGCAAUUGAAGCUGAAACAACUACAGGAGGAGAACCACGAUCUGACAGUGGCAGUCCAGGAGCUAUCCGCUAAGAUCGUCAGCCUUGAGGAACAGAUGGUACGAGAGGAAAACAGUGUACAACUAGGGACCGAAUCGGUUAGCGAGCACAUCAAGGCUAAACUUGAAAGCAGCAUUGACAUGAUCAAGGAAGAGCGGGACCACCUUUCCGAAGCGCUUCCCGAUCUGGAGGAAAUCGAGAAGAAAGUACGCGAACUCGAACAGGAGAAUGGAGAGCUCGUGAAACAACUGGAGGAUCUACGAGUAGAGCGAAACCAAUGGGAAACGAAGUAUGGUGAGAAGGAAAAUGACUGGCGAAGUUUGGAAACAGAAUUGUGUGAGCUAAAUGACCGACAUGCCACUCUUCAAGACACCAAGCAAAAACAGGAAGAGAAAUUGGAAUUUCUAAUCGAUACUGUGUCCGCACUGGAAGAAGAAAAAUCUGAUUUGCUGAAGCAGAUUGAAUCAAUCAAAGUAGAGAAAGCUUCUGAAGACGCAGCACAAGACCGUUCUCGUGAUUUAGAAAUUAAACUUCAGCAGUCAUUGGAGGAGCUUUGCACUCUUAAAGAAGAGAGAUUGAUACUAGAACAGCAAAUUGAAGCUCAAAAAGCGGAACAACAAACAAUUGAAGACAAAUGUGAAAGUCUUUGCAAUGAACUGUCGCAGAUGAUAACAGUCAAAGACCAGGCCAAUGAGGCUGAGAGGCAGUUGCUGAUGAACGAAAUCAACAACCUUCGAGGGGAACUUCAAGAGAAGAACGAAGCUGUGACCGCACAAAUUGAUGCACUACAAUCGGAACUGCACGAUGUGGGCGAACAAAAGAGUAAACUUCUCGUAAAGCUGCAAUCUUUGGAGAGCGAAAUGGAAGAGUCGUCGGGCAUUCGCGAGCACUUGGAACGCGAGGUACGAGCUCUGAGGACGGAUCUUGGCAGUCUGCAACAGCAGCUGACCGAGAACAAUGAAAAACUGGAACAGUUCCAGAAGGAGAACGAAUCGUUGCAGCACGAGCUGAAAAAUAAGACUGACGAGGUGGAUCACUUGGAGGAGAAGCUGAGCGCGGCGCUGAAGGAAAGUGCCGAUCGUGUUGGCAGAACUGAAAGCGAAUGGGUUGAGCGAUUGCAGAGCGUUGAGAGUUGCAAUGGAGAGCUGAAAAUCAAACUGGACGCUUUGGAAACGGAGAAGAAGGACUUGAUAGAGCAAAUGGAAGCGGAUGCAGUGGAUCGAGAGUCGUUACGAGAGAUGGUGAAGGAUAAGGAUGCCGAAUUGGAAACGAUAAGUAAUCAGGUUUCAACGCUGAAAGCACAGCUAGAAGAGCUGGAAAGUAGAAAUCAGGAGUGUGAGUUAAGGAGGACGGAAGUUGAGAAGUUGCGAGGAGAACUAGAGCAACAAAUUGAGCUUCUGAAAGAAGAAGUUGAAACAAAAGCGCAAGCAGUGACGAAACUAGAAGAAAAAAUAGCUGAAGCAAAAAUAGCCUAUGAAGAUCAUAAUGUUGCGGUGGAAAAUGAAUGGGCUGAAAAGCUCAAGCAUCUGGAAUCUUGCAAUGAAGAGCAACGGAAUAAAAUGAAUGUGUUGGAAAAAGAUAACGAACUGCAGAGGGAACAAAUUGAAAAAUUUGUAGCAGAGCAAAGGUCAUUGUGUGAACAACUUAAAGUAAACGGUAAUUGGUUAGAGGAGAUUAAAUGUCAAAUCCCUACUCUCGAGAUCCAAAUAACUGAAUUGAAAACAGAGAACGAACGAUGUGCAAGGAACGAAAAAGCUUCCAAAGAAGAACUUGAAGCAGAGAAACAACAUUCCAGCAAGCUACAAGCUCGAAUUGAUGAAUCGAAGCGAUUAUGCGAUACACUGAAGUCGGAGUUACAAGCUGUACAGCAACAGUACGAAAGUCUGACCGGGAGUCACACAAACAUCCUGCAGGAAAAAGCUCGACUGGAUAAGGAAAUUAUCCAACUGGAAGCUCAGCUGGCAAACACCCGGGCGGAACUGAUAAUUCGUGACGACAAACUGGGUGGUUUUGCUAAACUGUUGCUGGAAAACAAGUCUGAAAUUGAGCAACUGAAUGAGAGCCUCAAGAAUGAAACUGCCAUGCGGGCGCAAAUGGCUAAGCAACACGAUGGCGAGAUGAGCAAAGUUAGGAAGGAGCUGGAGGAUGAGAAAUGCAAGGUCUUGGAUUACUCCAACAACCAGAUACCAUCACUGAUGAGCACGAUUCAGAAAUUUACAGAGCGUCAAGAUGAGUUGGAGAAGCAACUAAAGGUCAACGUAGAAGUGUCAGCCAAACAUGCUGCCGAAGUACAACGGUUGGAAAAACUCUACCAGCAGGAGAAGCUAAACGUGGAUCGGCUGGAAAGAGAGUUGGACGAAGCCAAACAAGGAUCGUUCUCACUUCAGUCAGAUGGGCGGCCCUCGUUCGGAGACGGGAAGGUAGCGCAAGCACUCAGAAAAGAGAACGAAGAUUUGCUCAGGCAGCUGAAUGAGAUGCAAAAGGUUCAUGUGUUCAAGACCAAACAACUGCAGGAUAGAAUCGACGAGCUGAAACACAUGGAAGUGGAGUGCAAUAAUCUGCGAGAAGAAAUUUCUACCAUGCGUCACGAUUCCAGUUUCCAGGAGAAAGAAACGCAAAUCGUAGAACUGAAGGAGAAAAUCACCCGCUACGAAGUGGUGUACGAAGACACAAACAAUCGCCAUCGGUCAUUACAGCGACAGAAUGACGAGCUGCGGAUGAAACACCAGAACCUGGUCAUGGAGAUGGACGAUCUGAGGAGGAUAGCCGACAAGGAUCGAAAAUCGCGACGACAGAGUACUCACGACGAUCGCCGCGGUGGCCUGUUUGAUACUCGAGACAAACAAACUAUGACGGAACCGAGCUCUGUGGACUGCGCGUGCAGCGAAAUGGACGCCCAGAUCAAGGAAAUGCGGAAACAGCUUCUAGUCAAGGAAUGCCAGCUGAACACUCAGAGGAUGAUGCCCAAUCCACUUAAAAACGACGUCGUCGAACUUCGGCAGCUGGUCCGGGAUCGCGAAUCCCAGAUCAAUAAACUGCAGCACGAACUGUGCACGCUUUCAUCGUCCCUUGAUCAGGAGAUGAAACGAACCGACAAACGUUGUAUUGCCUGCGCCAAGCAGCAACGGAUGAAGUCGCUACGAAGCGACAAAGCCGUGAGCACGGAAAGAAACGAUCUGCAGGAUGCCGCGUUGGCUAGUGCGCUGGGUCAGCAGCAAGAGCAAAACAAGAAGCUAGAAGAAUGCCAGGAAGAGCUAUCAAAGCUAAAAGAGAAGUACCAAUCGAUGAAACGUGUCUGUCAGAUGCGUAACAAGCAGAUCGUCAGCCUGAACGAGAACAUCGUGGAGAAGGAGAACGAGAGCUGCAACGCGAACAAGAGUGUCCAACAGGAGGUUUCCGUUUUGCGGCGGCAGCUCAAGGAGAGCGAGGACAAGUACUUGCAGAUACAGAAACUGUAUCAAAGCAAAUGCGAAGCAACGAAAUCGAUGGAAAAGACAAUCCUGACCGGUGAUCAAGAAAUUUUACGAGCAAAGUAUGAAAAGUACAAAACGAUGGCCAUAGCACUGAUGGAACAGAACGAAGAACUCAAACGGAAACUACCGCCCUCCAAUUAGCGGCUACAUUCGAAUAGCCGAUCAGCGCGUGCAUAAUUCUAGUCUGAAGCAGCCAGAACCAGAACGGAAAAAAAGCAGCGACUUCAGUUUCCAAUCCGCCCAAUGGUACGAUAUUUAGGUAUAUUGUGAGUGAAAGAGAGACGAGAGAAACGUAAGAAAGACUAUACGUAAGCCCUUAAUUAAGUAUCUACACCCCCCCGUACGUGAUUUGUGAUAACCCGUUUCCCGAACUAAACCGUUUGUGCUUGUGUCCACAGGAGUGUAAAUCAAGUUGAAUGUGGCCCUUCUCAGAAAUGGUUUGCGGCAGGUGAGCAAAAGCAGUCUAAAUCUAGCGACUUAUUUUUCCUAAUGUUGUCAAGUGUGUCCGCUUGCAUUGAGGCUCCAUCUGGCCUCCUAUUAUAAAUAGAAACUAUGUACUAAUCUAGUAUCCACUACAAUUUAGAGCGGUUCUCUACUACCUGUUAUGCAUUUAGGAAUUCUUUAUGAAGAAAUUAUACUUACCUACUACUGUAUUUAUUCGUAUUCGUUUACACUCGAAAACAUACUUGUCAAUUAUUACAAACUUAAA